AUGGACGAUAGCUAUCUUAUUGCUGCGAUAAAGUUACUUCAUUCAUCAGCUCCAGAUUCAGCUGAGAAGAUGAGAAACAUGCUAAAUACUGAGAUUCUCAAGCAUUAUGAUAAAACAAAAUUAGUUGAAAAUCAUUUGAGUAAAAAACAAGUUGAUACUUUAAUUAGUCAAGAAACUAAGGCUGUAGGUAGUGGAUUUAAGUUAAAGAAGCAUAAAACGAAGAAAAUUGAAGAGCUCAAGUUAGCCACAACAUCAUUAAUCGGUGAUAAUCAACAGAUAAUUAAAACUAAUGACCAAGAUGAAGAAUCCAGUGGCAAUGAAAGUUCAUCUGCUAUGGAUCUCUUAACAGACUUGACAUGUAUUGUAUGUCGUCAAAUGGACAGUUCUGCAAACAAUCAGCUCUUUGAAUGCAUUGAAUGUCAUCAGCUAUGGCACCAGCAAUGUCAUUCAACAAAGAUUCCAAAUGAAGCUGAUCAAAAUUCUUGGGUUUGUUCAACAUGCAAGAAAAAGGAAGGCUCCUCAAAAUCUGUCAAGUCAUAUGAAUCAAGCGAAAGUUCAUCAUCUAGUAGUUAUAAGCAUAAAGAAAAAGCCAAGGAAAUUGAGCGUAAAAAGUCAGAAUCAGAUAAGCAGAAAGCAAAAUCGGAUAAAAGGAAAUCUGACAGUAGCAGCAAAGGCAGUAAAAAGUCCAAGGAAUCAUCAUCGUCAAGCUCAUCAAGAUCCCGUUCCAGUAAAAAGAGUUCAUAG